AUGACUCUUCUCAUUCUUGCCGCACUUGCUGCAUCACCUUCGCUAGUCUUAGCUGCUCAAAAGCGUGCAACCCCUUCAGAAUUCUCGUUGUUUGCAUACGGAAAAGAUAUUGGUGGGCUUGAGCUAUUUAAUGCGGACGGAUACGCAUAUGUGGGAGACUUGACCCAGUUCAACUCAUCCGACGCUGCUCCAGUAGUGUUUUCGCCUCGGAAUGACCAUAUGUGGCUCGGUUCUCCGAACACGACAGGUCUGGACGGUAGCGAAAAUCCAAGCUGGUCCAAUGUGACACUCUUCGUGCCCGGAUCCUCGUCUUCGGAUAGUCGAAUUGGAUUCCUCAACGCUACGAACUCUACCACUGACGUAAUUACUUCUGGGUUCUUGUUUUACGGAUUGACUGCCAUGAACAGACGCAAUGGUGGACUCGAGACACUCUGGUCUGGCUUGUCAGUUGGAAACGGGGUGUAUGAGCUUUAUUGGAACGAUACAUCUUCGGGGCAAGUUCCAGUUACGCUUAGAAGCGCCCCGCCGACUCGUCCAGCGGACUUGCGCAAGAAAGCAUGAGAACUAGGCGAUUACGUUAGGAACCUUACAUAACUUUGUCGGUGGGGAUGUGUUGCCGCGGAUUGUUGUCUUCUACUGGUGUGAUUUGUUAUCGAUCAUUUCUGUAUAUACUGUCGCUCAGUUUUGUGAGAAUUGAAGAAGUUAUAGAAGACGCCGAUUAUCGACGCGUAAGCACGCUCGUUGGACAUGGGGGCUAACUAUGGCCAUGCGUGCACUUUUGGCUGGAGAAGUAGAAUGCUAACAAGUGUUUUCUUUGAAAACCUGAUAUACAUUGACGGUGAACAGUCGAAGCGUU